AUGCCACGUUCGUCAGUGUAUGUCAGACUCCAGUGGUCUACUGACGGGGCCACGGAGGAGGCUGGAGCUACCACCUCUCAGCAGCGAGACACAGCACAGUCCCCCACACCACACAGCACUCAGAAGACCCUGCAACCUCAGCACAGCUCCCAGGAGGCCCUGGAGAUCAAGGAGGGCAGCAGUGGUGAUGGGAGUGUUCACCACGGCAGCACUCAGCCACCAGAGAGGCGACAGGAGCACAAGAGUAGCCACAAGAGCAGUGUGUGUCCUGCCAAGUCACCAAGCUCACCACAUCCACCAGCCUCACCUCCACCUGUCUGCUCCACUACUGUCACCUUGCUGCCUGGAUCCACACUGAUUACCACAGCAGCCAGCACCACCACCGUGCCCACCAUGACUACUGCCACUGCUGCCACCAAGCAUGGCCGACAUGCUGAAGCUUCUCUUGGAACACAAGCAAGAGUGAAGGUCAAGGUGAGAGACGCACCAAGGGACAAGCUACGAAGGAACCUCACAGAGAGGAUACCAAGAACCACCCAGGGAGGGGAUGACGGUACAGGCAUCAGACGCACCUCUCGUGCCCCUCAUCUUGACACCAGCCACAGCCUAGACUCCCCUCUCUGGCACAGUAGGGAACAGGCACGCACUGAUGCAGAGGGAGAGCCACAGGAUGGGGCCCAGGAUGGUGCCAGCAAGCCAGAAGGUGCCAGAAUAUAUUACAAAUCCAAAGCCAGACUGAGGCCCAAGAACCCCAAUGCCAAAGGCCGGAGAAUUACCAGGUCCCUGAGUGCCUCGUGCGUCAGUGUGAGCACCAACACGGACCCCAAGGACUUCCUGGAGCUGGCCAAGCUGAGUGGCACUCUGUCCUCCAGGAAGGAGAAGGAGGCCCACAUCAGCAGGAAGAAGGACUCCUCUGGCAGUGACACUAAGACUAAGAGUGUGAAAGAGGAAACUGACAGUAGUGGUUCACAGGUAGCUGACUCAAAGGGACACUCUGAUGUUAAAACUAGGCCAGAGGUCACUCAGAAACCACAAGUAAAGGAGGUGAGAGAGGAGCUGAAGGAGGAGGAUGAAGAGGAUCAGAAAUGCUGCAAGGCCAAGGGGACCACAGAGGAAAGUGAGGAAACUCCAGAAGUGAUUCUGGAGGAGGACGUCACUGAGAAGCUGAGUGACACGCGUUGUGCUGGGGAUGGCUGUGAUGAUGCCGGGAAAGGCUACAUUGAGCUGCCCACCUACAGCCCUUCCCAGCCAUCCGCCAAUCUCCAGGAAAAGUUACCUGACCACCUCCCACCCUACCCUGGGGACCCUUCCUGCCCUUCACUCCCUGUCCUGCCCUGUGGGCCCCCUUACCCCUCCUUCCAUGCCCACACUGGGCCGUUGCCACUUCCCACACCCUCAUACUUCACCCGGGUGCCUGUGGAGGGGACCCCCACACCUGCUGAAGAGCAAAAGUUUAUUGUCAUCACCCCACAUCUCACUCCACCUCCCUCAGACUCCCUGGAGAAGGCAGCACCCUCCAGUGAGUGUCCCCCACCAAGCUCUCCCCCCUUGAGAGUUUGCCCAGUGCCCCUCAGCUCCUCCCCCAGUCUUGACCACAGCCAGACAUUCUCCAGCUUCAAGCCUUCCCCCAGCAGGACAUUCCACCUCAGUUCCCAAGAUGAUGCUGAUCUCAGUGCCUCUCCGUACCCUGCCACUCCCUCCAGCAGCUUCCAUUGCACCUCAGUGGAGAGCUUACCUCCAAAGGCAAUUCACCAAGAUGUUAUUCCAAGAUCGCCUAGCAGCCAGAUCAUUGAGAGGUGUCACUGGGGGGACAAGAACACUUCACCGUACCCCACCAACCGGCCUCCCACUCCUGCCAUUCCCCGCAGGCAUCUGGAACGAGACAUGUCCUUGGAUUCCUGUCCUGACGUGGUCCUGCAGACUCUUGAGGCUGAGGGAGCAGCUAGCCAGAAUAAGACUCUCAAAAAAACCGUCACAUUCCUGCUGCCACCUGACCACUGGGACUCCCUCAUCUCCCUGCGAGAGAGCAGCAUUGGCGGGUAUCCCCAGAGUGGCUAUGCCGAGCUAGAUGCCUCGCUGCUGCCCCCCAAUGGUGACGACCCCUACCGCAACACCCCCUCCCCCGGCAUGCAGGCGCUGCCCCAGGACCGCUACGACGGCGGCCUGGAUGGGGAGGCGGGGGGACAGUACCCAGAGGACCCCCGCUACCCAGUCCCUGAUGGUGGCCUGGUGUACCCUCCCGAUGGAGGGGUGUACGGCCGGCUGCUGGGUGCCCCCCAGUCCCCCUACUCAGUCAACGGUGGGGUGAGGGCCAGCACUGAGCCACUGCUGCCCUCAGACAUGUAUGAGGAGGACCAGGCACCGCCUCCACACCCCCAGCACCCCCCCGCACCCCCACCACACCUCUCCCCUCCCACGCCCUCCCUCCCACCAGUACAAAACCAUGACAAUUACGCCCACCCCAGCCGCCUGCGUCCACCCUCCGCUGACAGCACUGCACCCAGAGUGCGAUGGCGGGACCCAGACCUGCACGAGGUCAUCGACUUCCUGAGCAACCCAAACAAUGUGGUAAAGGCCAACGCGGCAGCCUACCUCCAGCACCUCUGCUACAUGGACGACCCCACCAAGCAGAAGACUCGCAUCCUGGGCGGCAUCCCUCCCCUCGUGGCGCUGCUUACCCACGACCUCCCUGAGCUUCACCGCAAUGCCUGUGGUGCUCUGAGAAACCUGUCAUAUGGGCGGCAGAACGACGAGAACAAGCGGGCGAUCAAGGACGCGCAGGGCAUCCCGGCACUGGUGAGGCUGCUGCGUAAGACUCCUGACAACGAGAUCAAGGAACUGGUCACUGGCAUCCUGUGGAACCUGUCUUCGUGUGAGCAGGACCUGAAGCACAGCAUUUUGGAUGACGCGCUGACAGUGAUAGUGAGCCACGUCAUCAUCCCGUGCUCAGGCUGGGACGGUGGCGAGGUGGAGCGUGACCCCAAUGUGGAUGUGUGGUGGUCAACCGUCUUCAAGAAUGCUUCAGGUGUCCUCAGGAAUAUCAGCUCAGCAGGGGAGUACGCUCGGACCAAACUGCGGCAAUGUCAUGGCCUGGUUGACUCUCUACUGACGGUGAUCAAGUCGGCCAUCCAGGGAUCCUCACACGACAACAAGAGCGUCGAGAAUUGUGUCUGCAUCCUGCGCAACCUGUCCUAUCGCUGCCAAGAGGUGGAGGACCCCAACUAUGACAAGAACCAGCCCCCCACCCAGUCAAGAGCCACCGCCACAGCCAAGGACGGUGAAGGAGAGCUGACUGACACUUGUGGUAGGUCUUCGGAGCCCAAGGACAACCUGUGUGACAACUUGGGCUGCUUUGGGGGCAGCCGGAAGAAGAAGGAAGCAAUGGGUGGUGCAGUGAAGGAGAGCAGCGGGGGCACGCGGUCAACAGGGCCGCGCACCGAACCUCUGAGGGGCAUGGAGCUCCUGUGGCAGCCAGAGAUUGUGGUGGGCCCCUACCUGGCGUUACUCUCAGACUGCAGCAACCCAGAGACCCUGGAGGCAGCAGCGGGCGCCCUGCAGAACCUGGCGGCGUGCUACUGGCAGCCCAGCAUAGAUGUGCGCGCUGCUGUCAGGAAGGAGAAGGGCCUGCCCAUCCUGGUGGAGUUGCUUAGGAUGGAGGUGGACCGUGUAGUUUGUGCGGUGGCCACAGCUCUCCGCAACCUGGCCAUCGACCAGCGCAACAAAGAGCUUAUUGGUAAAUACGCCAUGAGAGACUUGGUCCAGAAGCUUCCCUCGGGCAACACGCACGACAGUGGCACGAGUGAUGAGACCAUCGCUGCUGUGCUGGCCACACUCAACGAGGUGAUCAAGAAGAGCGCCGAGUUCUCCCGCUCACUGCUGGACGUGGGCGGUGUGGAGCGGCUGGUGAACAUGACGCGCCACCGUGGCCGCUACUCCGUCAGGGUGGUCAAGUUCGCCUCACAGGUGCUGUUCUCGAUGUGGGGCCACCAGGAGCUGAGGGAGGUGUACAAGAAGGCCGGCUGGAAGGAGCAGGACUUUGUGAGCAAGAGUGUGGCUGCACGCAAUGCUGCAUCUGGUGGUGCCAACUCCCCCACUGCCAACAACACCCUCAACCGCCCCAUGGCCUCGCAGGGCGGCACGCGAUACGAGGACCGCACCAUCCAGAGGGGUCAGGGCAAGACUCACCAGAUGUACAGCCAGGGUCAGCAGGUGCCCAUGGCGGACAUGGGGUAUGGCAGUGGGGGCGGGAUUGGGGCACCAGCGGGAGGGGUAAGACUUUACCCAUCUGUCCAGGACAUUGGAGUCCCACAGCACUAACCCAGCGCUCAUGUAAUCAUUGGGCAAAGCCGGAGAGCCCGUGUAUGCCAAGGUGAACCGUGACAAGAAGCGCAACCGUCAGUACGAGGGUGUGGGGCCCCAGUACGGCACCCUGGGGGGCGGGGCGGAGGACUGGAGUGGCCCCGUGUACGGUGGAUCCCCUGCAGCCUCCCCUAGCUUCUCCCAUGGGCCUCCUAACAACAACAACAACAAUAACAACAACAACAACAACCACAGCAAUAACAACGGGGUGCUGAUGGACAAGGGUGACGCCCAGGCUGGGGACUCAUGGGUGUGAGGAGGCACCAGCCCUGCUGGUGCGAUGCCCCACCCUGCCGUGAUCCCCACACCCCCUCACCCACAGGGCGGCCCCAGGCAGCCCCCCAGACCCUUGCAGUGCAGCAGGUGUUGUGGUCUGCGGUGUGACAGGAAAAGAGUUUGCCAAAAAUGCCUGGCCUUCCUGACGAGAAAGAAAGGUGUUGGUGCUGUAAGCACUGGGCCAAAGGAAACCGUAUUCACCCUCCUGAGGAAGCAAGAGAGAGAGAGAGAGAGAGAGAGAGAGAGAGAGAGAGAGAGAGAGAGAGAGAGAGAGAGAUAUGAAGGAGGAUGGAGGAGAAAAGUCAGCCAUAUCUGAUUGGACUGAUAAUUGUCUCUCUACUUGGCCCAUGCAAGGUGUGAAGGGUAAGAGUACAUAAUAAUAAUAAAAAUAAUAAUAAUAUUAAUAAUAAUAAUGAUAAUAAUUAUAUUGAUUCCUCUUUUUAUAGUGUUACACAAGUGGGCUUCUCCUCAGUCUAACUAACUGCUGAUGUUUUUUGUCUGUUAUCAUUGAUGUUAUCACUGAUUGUGCAUGUUAUGUGACAACACUAGUUAGCGACCAAACUCGUUCUGUUAUAAAACUUCUCACAUAAUAUAUAGUAACACUCCUGGGAGAUGGCAAAGCUCAAAAUGAUAAGCAUCUCUUAUUAUAUGAUAUAUUUUAUAAAAGCACACAUUAUUGGUGCCAAGAAAACUUUAAUACUUUGAUACCUUGUAAAGACAUUAUCUGUCAAUCAUUACUCAUAGUGUUUAUAUACGUACGUAUGCCGGGCGGCGAGGGCAGUGCUGUGGCCAGAUGGAGGCGGCGCCAGCCCUCCUAGGACAGUUAACUUUUCUACUGUUUCUUACUGACAAUCCAAAGUGCAUGACACUGUGAGGCCCAGAGCUGCUGCACCGCCGGACAGUGGGCAGUGAUGGCAAGCUGGACAGUGACCAAAAACAGUGGUUGAGGCAAUGGUGACAGUAUUCUGCAAAAAACUACAAAAAAAGUAAAAAAAAAUAAAUAAAAAUGUAUAAUAUAAAAAACUGACCCCGAGCUGGUGUUGCAACUGUGAGCACAAACGUGUAGCCAAGUGUGACAGUGCCGGCGAGGGAGUGACAAUGCCGAGGGUGAGGCAGCAAGGUGCUGGGACAUGCCUGCGCUGAUUCACCGCUGAUAUUGAGGAAUCAAUAGGUUGUUUUGUCAAGCGCCAGAGGUCAAACCAUUUGCCGUUUCACCAGACCUCCCACGUGCCGGAAUGCAUUAUCAGUACAUCUCUACCUCCCUGUUGUCUCUUCCAGCCCCCAACCCCCCCACCUCCCACUCUUCUCCCUCAUAGUAACAUCAACAACAACAACAACAACCAACAGCAACAACAAGAAUAUUGCAGCUAAGAUACCUAGUUCCUUUUUUUAAACUUUUCGAGAAGGAAAGUUACAUAUUUGCUUUGUAUGAUACACACUCAAAUAGGUUUUAUAUAAUUCCAGACGUUUUAUAAAAGUGCACGGCGGGGUAUCCAAAUUUUUGAGUAGCUGGUGUGGUGUCAUGUGCUUGUGUCCCAUAACUUAUAAGAUGGAUGGUCAAAAAAUGCAGAGAGCUGUUUUUAUAGACAAUAUACUUAACCUUGUCUCAAUUGUGAUCAAUUAUGGACAUUUUACUCAAGUAAUUCACUUAAUUCAUGUCUCAAAACUGCUUUAAGUGGUCUGCCUUUUAAAUCCUAUGUUAUUUUUUGUAAAGAGAAUUAUUUUUUAGCCUUUUAUCAGACUUGCAUGUGCAAUAUCGCAUAUUUUUCCAGCGUCGGUUAUUUGGUAGGUCAAGUGACAGUGUGUGACCCCGGAAAUUAUUGUUGUCCCUUGCUAGGCACCGGCCGCCCACCCACCCAGCUGCCCUCCCCCCCCAGCCGGCCUCUGCCUCCCAGCCAGCAGCCACCAAGUGAUGCCACCAAGUUACUAAUAGACUGCCUCUCACACUACAUGGGUGGAUUCCUUAAAUUAUACCCUUUUGGAACUGUAUAGACCUAAAUUUUUUUGGAUAUCUCAACUGGCGGCUGAAGUUUCCCAGACCUUUGUGGUGGCGUGGCGGCGGCGCUGGGCAGUGGCACGCGGAGGCUGGCUUGCGGCGGGACGAGAGCUUCAGGGUGACUCACAUUCCAAGUUUAGCGUAGGUGAUGCACACACAGGGUAGCUGCCUCACUCAGCCUCACCUCAAGGUUAUAUUAAAGAAUGUUACAGGUGGCUGGCAGGAGGAUGUGUUGUAUUACAAGGGGAGGCGCUCCUGGGGCGCUCCUUCCAACUCUUGGCAGCUAUUGAGGUCUCCUGUGAGUCCUGAAUGAUCCGUGACCCUUGAUGGGGCGAUGAGUGUGGCCACUGUAGGGAUCCCUUAUGUCAGGCAGAAUAAACAAAAGAGGUCCAAAUUCCUAGGCCGUCCCCAUUCCAAGGUGAGUUGGUCACAAGAAAUCCCCUAGUUUUUGCUUCCCAUUCCUGCAAGGAUGAUUGGAUUGAACAUCAGACAAUUCCAAAGUGGGCAAGUGUAAGUGUUAUGGAUCAGUCUGGUUCCUGAUUGGGUCACUUGGUUCAGUCACACAAGUGCUGGAGUCCUCACUACCAUUGGUCCACCACCUCCUCAGGGUUGACGGGUGACACCCUCUCUCCCUCUCUCCAUCCCACCCUCCCUCCCUCCUUCCCACAUGUGGCAAAUGCUCCACCAAGGGGAAAUAAACAUGAGGAGCUUCAGGAAAUUGUUACAAGGCAGCCCUGACAGAAGUACCACGAUGUGCUGUGAGCUGCGACUCAGCGUGAAAUUAACCCCUAGGGAGAAAGGUCCACUGUCAAGGUCAGGUCGCAGCCUUGCAGAGAAAUUCCACAUUGGUCCCCAGGGAGCCAGAGAGGCAAGGCCCAGCAUAGAUCAGACGUGUCACUCUCCAGGCCGAGUCAGUGGUGCGUUGUGGGUGUGUGCGUCCGUUAGUGCGUUAGAGUAGUUCCGGCCGGCCGCCGGGGCACCAGCUGCCCGACCACCUCUAGGACCUUUUCAAUGUCUCGCUAAAGAAAAUAUGCUUCUUUUAUUUAAUUUUGCAUUCUUCCUCCUUUUCUAAGCGCGUAACAUUUUAGGCAUUUGUUCUCCAAUGUGUUACAUUCUUGGCAGUGUCGUUUGUUUUCAUUUUGUAUUUUUCUAAGCAUAUAUUAUUUUUCCAAUAUAAAGAUAUGAUUAUCUUGGUGAAUUUGUUCGUUUAGCGGAGGCGGUGUUUGUCUCUGGGAAGAGUUGAGUUCGCUGGUUUGAGAAGCAGCUCCCGCGGCGGGCGAGUCCCCACCACAGCCGCACCGCCCGCCACUCUUACUUCUUUAUUAUAUGCCUUAUUUUAUUUUCACAUGAUUGAAUAUUCGGUAACAAAGAAUUUCUAGUAAAUGAUAAUGUAUUGGGUAUUUAUACAAUAAACUGAUAAAGUUG